UUUUGACGCAGUCAACUUCAAAAAAUGAUUUGAAUGCCUUCCCGAUCGCAUUUUGAGCUGAAAUUUGGUAUGGACAAACUAGACUUGAUGAGGAACAUGCUCAAAAAAAUCCAUCAAAAAAUUCCACCAGGAAGGUGCUCAAACGGGCUCGGCCGGACGGAGGUUCCCGUCAGGCCGGCGUGACGAGAAGAGUACUCUCUCUCUCUCUCUCUCUAUAUAUAUAUAUAUAUAUAUAUAUAUAUGGGGGAAGAUCUCAUGCAAACUAUGCUUUAGGUGCAAACCUACUAACUCAUGUCAGCCGUUGGAUUGCAGGAAACAGACCGUUCCAGAUUGGGCUGCAUCAUUAAAUCUAUGCACUCACACACAUAGAAUUAAAAGCCUAAACAAACCGAACGCGCAUUGAAUUUUCAGGGUUAAAGAAGUCAUUUAACAAAAAAAAAAAAGAAGCCGCGAAAAUCAAAUUGCGUUUAAGUUUUGCAAACCCUGAUUUUGACGAUUACAAUCCACGAUCAGCAAACACUUCUUUUUCUUCCGGUGAAGAGUACCAUCGAUUUUAGAGUAUGAAGCAAGGAAUCCGGUGAACGUGUGCACCUAAUCCGAUUUCAGUGAAGGCAAGGCGAGUGACGAUAUGUAGAAGGCUAUGGCUUCGCUACAAAUGGAACACCUGUUGCGUGAAAUAGAAAAUGAGCUUCAAGGAGAAGAAAAUGCAGAAGAGCAACAUGUGAGAGGAGGAAAAAGAAAACAAGAAGGUGCAUCAACUAGUAAGAUGCAACGGAACAAAAAGAAAAAAGAGAUGAGGAAAAAUUUAAAAGAUGCGCCUGUGGUGAAACGGGUUCGAGGCAGGAUGCAUAUUCAGCGUGAUGAAGUGCAGAGACCUGAAGUGAGGAGCAAAGGCAUGAAUUUUUCUGUGUUAUCACAGAGCACUGAUGAAGGGAAGAAGGGUAAGAAAACAAAUGUGAGUGACAGUGAUGAUGCAUUUGAAAGUCCUCCUAGAGAUUUCAUUAACAAAGAAGGUGUAGUUAAACCGAAACGAAAGAAGCAACCGAAGAAGAGAGCUUUUAAGGAGUUGAAGCAUGAAUAUAAAAGCUUGUACAAUAGAUCAUCACCCCAUGUGAUCGUCCAGGCAAUAGCUAAGUUCAAUGACAAACAAAGAGAGGAGGUUAUAAGCAUUGGAUUUGGUGCGAUGCUGCAUUUAUACAUCACAGAACUGCCUUCAAAACUUGGGUAUUGGGUAGUGGACAACUUUGACCCGAGGAGUUGCACGAUGAAGGUUUCUGGUGACAUAAGGGUUCAUGUGACUGAUGAAGAUGUUGAGAAUGCAUUAGGAUUUCCUCGUGGAGAAGAAGCAGUUGUCAAGAAACAUAAGCACGAAAAGAGUGAACUAGCGGUUGAGUGGAGGAAAGUAUUUGGGGGAAAGGAAAAGAUAACUCCGAGUGAAGUGGCCACUGCAAUGAUCAACUGCAAGGAGGGAGGGGAGUGGUUUAUUAGACACUUUGUGGUGCUACUGAUAUCUUCACUGAUAGAGAACACAAAAAGCGGUUAUAUCAACUAUCAGUUCAUCAAUUGCUUAAGGGACACAAAAGCAGUUAAAAGGAUGAAUUGGUGUGAAUAUGUCAUUUCAGCACUGGUGGAGAAGAAAUUAGAAUGGGAAGAAGCGAAGGACAAAGCAUUCACUGGUCCAUUACUGUUUUUAGUGGUUUUUUAUGUUGAUAGAAUGGUGGUGUAUACAAAGAGGACUGUGAUCAGAAAGUGGCCAGCUCUAAUAGGUUGGACAACACCAUUACUCAGGGACAGAGAGAAGACAGAUAUUGAAGCAAGCGGUUUUGGACUGGGAUAUUUAGAUGAUAAGGUGAACAAGAAGACGUCAAAUGUAGAAGAAAUAAGAACAGAUGCAUGUGAGGUGCACCAAUCACAAGGGGAGGAUGCAACAGAACAUUGUGAAACCUCUACUAG